CAGUUGGAUGAGCCAAAACUAGAACGGCGGCCUAGGGAGAGACACCCAAGCUGGCGAAGUGAAGAAACUCAGGAACGGGAACGGUCAAGGACAGGAAGUGAGUCAUCACAGACUGGAACCUCAGCCACAUCUGGCAGAAAUGCACGAAGGAGAGAGAGUGAGAAGUCUCUAGAAAAUGAAACACUCAAUAAGGAGGAAGACUGUCACUCUCCAACUUCUAAGCCUCCCAAACCUGAUCAGCCUCUAAAGGUAAUGCCAGCCCCUCCACCAAAGGAGAAUGCGUGGGUGAAGCGAAGUUCUAACCCUCCUGCUCGAUCACAGAGCUCAGACACAGAGCAGCAAUCCCCCACAAGUGGUGGGGGGAAAGUAGCUCCAGCUCAGCCAUCUGAGGAAGGACCCACAAGGAAAGACGAUAAUAAAAUAGAUGGAAUGAGUGUCCCAAAAGGCCAAACUGGGAACUCCAGCCGUGGUCCAGGAGAUGGAGGGAACAAAGAUCACUGGAAGGAGUCAGAUAGGAAAGAGGGCAAAAAGGAUCAAGACUCCAGAUCUGCACCUGAGCCAAAGAAACCUGAGGAAAAUCCAGCCUCUAAAUUCAGUUCUGCAAGCAAGUAUGCCGCUCUCUCUGUGGAUGGUGAAGAUGAAAAUGAGGGAGAAGACUACACUGAGUAGACCUCUGCGUCCUGUGCUUUCUCCUAGUCUCUCCACCCUGGAACAUUCAAGAGCAA